AUGGGGAAGUUACUAUCAAAAAUAUUUGGCAAACGAGAAAUGCGAAUACUGAUGCUCGGCUUGGAUGCUGCGGGUAAAACAACUAUAUUAUAUAAGUUGAAAUUGGGUCAGUCAGUAACAACUAUCCCUACUGUUGGUUUCAAUGUUGAGACAGUGACUUACAAAAACAUUAAGUUUAAUGUUUGGGACGUCGGUGGUCAAGACAAAAUAAGACCUCUAUGGAGGCAUUAUUAUACAGGUACGCAAGCCUUAAUAUUUGUAAUUGAUGCUGCCGAUCGAGAGAGAGUAGAUGAAGCAAGACAGGAAUUGCAUCGAAUCAUCAACGAUCGCGAAAUGCGAGAUGCAAUCAUUCUUGUUUUUGCUAACAAACAAGAUCUUUCAGAAGCGAUGAAGCCUCAUGAAAUACAGGAUAAAUUGGGACUGACACGAAUAAGAGACCGGAAUUGGUAUGUGCAACCGUCUUGUGCUACAACUGGUGAUGGUCUUUAUGAAGGCUUAACAUGGCUGUCAUCAAAUUGUAAGCCCUAG